AUCACCGCCUCAAGCUGCUGCUKCUCGGUGCCUGGGAGAAGCUGGGGGGAAAGGAGCUGCGUGCGCCUUUUACGCUUUCAUUCCCUCAAAGUCUCUGCCAAGCAGCAGCCUUCUGCGCGCGCAAAAGGCGACCUUUUUUUUUUUUGGACACGUCUUCUCUCUGAACCAAAAAGCGGCACCGAUGUGGAGAGCGCGCGCCAGCUUUCCCCCAAAAUGUGCCCGUCCUCUGGAUCGAAGCCGAGCCCGGGCUCUCUCGCCGAAGCCGGGAAACUCUUCCUGAAGCACACCACCUUGCACGGCUUGAGGCACAUCUUCCUCAGCGGCUCCUACCCGCGCAGAGUUGCGUGGCUGCUCGCCUUCCUGGCGGCGGUGGCUCUGCUCUUCACCUGGUCCUCGAACAGAGUGCGCUACCUGCUCUCGUCGCCGGUCUACACCAAGGCGCACAUGGUGUACGCCAAGCGGCUCGUCUUCCCCGCCGUCACCAUCUGCAACCAGAACCUCCUGCUGCCGCGGCGCAUGAAGAAGACGGACAUAUUCAGCGCGGGGAGGUGGCUGGAGCUGCUGGGGGUGGACUGGGAAGUAUCCCCCGCUGCUAAGGAGGCGCUCAUCACCCUGCGGGGUGAAGGAGGAGGAGGAGGCGGCGGGAGCGCAGGGACAGAGCCGCCCUGGUCCUCGCUGUCUCGAAUCUUGGACUUUAAACACUUUCUCCCUCCUCCUCGGGAGUCCCAGCCGUCCAUGAGGCAGCUGCUGGACCGGCUGGGUCACCAGCUGGAGGAGAUGCUGCUGUAUUGUCGGUAUCAGGGAGAACAGUGCGGACCGCGCAAUUUCAGCACCAUAUUCACUCGCUAUGGGAAAUGCUACACUUUUAAUUCAGGCCAAGAUGGACAACCUCUGCGGGUGACGACAAAGGGAGGGAUGGGCAACGGCCUGGAGCUGAUGCUGGAUAUCCAGCAGGAUGAAUACUUGCCCGURUGGGGGGAAACUGAUGAGACAUCAUUUGAAGCAGGGAUCAAAGUUCAGAUUCACACCCAGGAUGAGCCGCCCUUCAUAGACCAGCUGGGCUUCGGAGUGGCGCCGGGGUUUCAGACCUUCGUCUCCUGUCAGGAACAACGGCUCACGUACCUGCCUCCACCAUGGGGAGACUGCAAGACCACAUCGAUGGACUCGGACUUCUUCACCUCCUACAGCCUCACGGCCUGCAGGAUCGACUGCGAGACCCGAUACCUGGUGGAGAACUGCAACUGCAGGAUGGUCCACAUGCCUGGAGAUGCCCCAUACUGCACCCCGGAGCAGUACAAGGAUUGUGCAGAUCCCGCCUUAGACUUUCUUGUUGAAAAAGACAACAAUUACUGCGUGUGUGACACUCCGUGCAACUUGACUCGCUACGGUAAAGAGCUGUCCUUUGUCAAGAUCCCCAGCAAGGCAUCGGCCAAGUAUCUUGCCAAAAAAUUCAACAAGACAGAGCAGUACAUUGCUGAUAACAUUCUGGUUUUGGAUAUCUUCUUCGAAGCKCUGAACUAUGAAACCAUAGAACAAAAGAAAGCCUACGAGUUGGCAGGGCUUCUGGGUGAUAUUGGAGGUCAGAUGGGUCUCUUCAUUGGGGCAAGCAUCCUCACUGUUCUUGAGCUUUUUGAUUAUCUGUACGAGGUGAUCAAGUACAAGCUGUGCAGAUGCAUGAAGAAGAAACACAAACGCCGCAGUAACAACGACCGGGGAGCUGUGCUGAGCCUGGAUGAUGUGAAACACCAUGCUCCUUGCGAGAACCUUCGUACACCAUCAACAUAUCCUGCGAACAUGCUACCUCAUCAUCCAGGUCAGGGCAACUUUGAAGACUUCACUUGUUGAGCAGCUCCUUGCAAAGCAGCAAAGUGCGUGUUAUGCAACCAAAGCCAACCACUAACACAGCAAGAACUAUCUAAACGCACGGACAGUGAGAGACUGAUGCUACAUCUAAGAAAAGCACUUUUUACGUAAAGACUUUAAAAAAAAAGAAAGAAGAAAGAACAAGCAAAUUAAAUAAAACAAAGGAUUUUCACCCCAACGCCAAGUGAAGAGAAAGCCCUGAAUAUUGAAAAUAAAUGUUUUGAUUUUAGGAGAGCAUUUCAUGCAGCACUCAAAACUCUGUGGAAUUCUGCUGCAAAGGACAAAACUUGCCAACAUGGAACUCUCCUGCAAAAAGACAAAAAAAAUAAAUAAAAAGAAAACAUGAAGAUGUACAUUUAUCCCACCGUAGAGAGCAGAGCAGAAAGAAAAGAGACCCCCAUGCCUUUAUAUAACACAACAACAUGAGACGAAUUCACACAACGCCUGCAUAUGUGACAAUAUUCAUGACGCUUACUCUACUUUACAUGUAGCAACGUGUGUACCCGCUGCGGCGUCUCAUAAAACGACAACUGUGGUUAGUUUUGAGAAUGUAUUUUUUGAUCACGGUGAGUGUAAUGGAGUUUUAACGAGGGGGGGGGGGCUUUCAGAGAAAGUUGUGGCGUUAAGUGGUGCUGGUAGCGGCGCAACAUCAACCAUUUAGCAGUGUGCUGGUGAAAAUUUCAGGUUUCCUCAUCAUGUAAAUGCAUGCUUGUAUUUGUCCGGUGCAUGUUUUUUUCCCAUUUCAUUUCUACUUCUGAUUGAUUUCUAUGUCUUUCUAUGAAAAUAUACAUAUACUACAAACAUUUACAUUAUAAUUACCAAGUUUGCCUCGGCGAUGAGCAGAUAAAGGAAGAUGGUGCAUCUCAUAUGAUCAUGUGUGCGUGCGGGCAAGGGGGCGUGUGUGUGUUUGUGAGUGUGUACUGUUUGAGUGCGACCAUUAGUGCCCAACCAGGUGAGUGUUUGUUGCAGGUAGAUGAGCUUCGCUUAGUUUCAUUUUGCACCAUUUUUCAUUUUCACACGUGCCCUAUGAGUCGAAUCCUUACUUUAAUUACUCUUGAGUUGAUGUGAGGUCAUGAUGCUUUUUUCUUUGUUUGUUUGUUUGUUUGUUUGUUUUUGUUUGUUUGUUUGUUUCUGGAGAGUGGAUUGAUGAACUCCUCGGAGUUUUGUGGGGCUGUUAAAAAAAUUCUGUAUCUGUGUUCUAGUUGCAAAAGUCUUAUCGAAGCACAAUACUGCGAGUAUGUAUAGGUGAUAUAAAAGAAAUGUACUAUUCUUCUUGAUAUAUUGUCAUACUAUUAAUAUUGUGUUUUUGUUUUAUUUCUUAUAAAAUUACAUAAUAUUGCCUGACAAUCCUGUUUCCUUUCAUCAGGUUAUGGGAUUGUCUAUUUAGUUAUGAAAGCAUAAAUAAAAUGUAACUAUGAUUUUAGAAAA